AUGUCUGGUGGAGAUCAUAUUCACUCUGGUACUGUAGUAGGUGUUAUUCCUGUGGCUUCAGGGGGUAUUCACGUUUGGCAUAUGUCUGCUCUGACCGAGAUCUUUGGGGAUGAUUCCGUACUACAGUUCGGCAUAGGAACUUUAGGACACCCUUGGGGUAAUGCGCCAGGUGCCGUAGCUAACCGAGUCGCUCUAGAAGCAUGUGUACAAGCUCGUAAUGAAGGACGUGAUCUUUCUGCUGAGGGUAAUGUUAUUAUCUGCGAGGUUAGCAAGUGGAGUCCUGAAUUAGCUGUCGCUUGUGAAGUAUGGAAAUAG